CCGGAAGUAAAUUGCACUAUGAUGUCCAGUCAACUAUAACGUCUCUGAUGUUGAUGAAAAAGCUUCACGUCUGCACAAAGGGAGUAAAAUGAGCCAUGAUAUAAACUCUUAUACUGUAUACACAGUCGUUAGUAACAACCUUUUGUAGAAACUACAAUUCCCGACGUCACCUAUAAACCGGAAGCGACUCUUUUUGCGGCACUUAGCAGGUUGUAGCUGACUUUGUUUACAUCUUAGCUUUCGUGGAUACUAAACCUAGAAGCUUGUCAAUGUGUCGGAGAGAUGCUGUGUGUUGUGCAACAUGCGUCCCACUGAGUCCUGUGUAAAAGAUGGGCGACAAAACAAAACCAGUGCUGGGACGUUAGCACAGUGUCCCAAAGCUCCUGAAUCCUGCAGCAAGAGCAAGAAAUACAAGAAAGGACGAUCAUCUGUCAAGAAGCCCAGUCAAACUGUUCCCGCUGCUGCCAGUGAAAAGGAUCCAUGUCCAUCUAAACAUGAAAAAAACAGAGAGAUGCCUUCAAGUAUAAAAACAGCUCCUGAGAACGAAGUCAAGUGGUCAAAAGGAGUUAGUCAUCUGUGCCAGCGCUAUCCAGAGGAGAUGUCAGCCACAGACAUAGAUAACAGUGAGGAGGAUCUGUACAGGGCAGCAGAGGAAAUAGAACAGGAAAGACAGGAGAAGCAUACAGAACAACAGCUGUCAAAAGCAGCUUCCGUGCCUAAUUCUGAGGACCAGAUCAGUGUGUCAGCUCCGGAAGGUCUGCUCUCCUACAGUCAGAGAGAGUGGAAAGGAAACACCAACAAAAGUCACCUUAUCAGAAAGGGAUAUGAAGCAGUAGCCCAAAGGUUUGAGAGCCUGUGCAGAGUACGAGGUGAUAACUACUGCGCUCUGCGAGCGACCCUCUUUCAGCUCUUCAAUCAAUCGAACAAACUCAGUAACUGGCUGCAUGAUUCUGAAAAUGUUCAGCUGCAGUGUGUGCAAGAUUUGGUGGAAGAAUGGAUGUUUCCUUUUGAGAGCAGAGAUAAAGGAGGAGCAGUGGAACAGUUGGAACAAUGUCUGACUCUCCUGAAAGUUAGGUGGCAGGAGGCAGUAGACUGUAAGAGUUCUGCAGAGCGGGAACGUGUUUGCCAGCAACUGUUUGUGGGGGGCCGUGAAGAAUAUGAGCUGCUGGAGGCCCUGAAGUUUUUGAUGCUGAAGACAGUCAUUCAGCUACACUCUGACUUGCAAAAGGGCUCCAGUGUACCUGAGUUCUGCUGGCUACUUUUUGCCCGUGACACUUCCAAAUGUCCCAGGAGCUUCCUCACUAAUCAUCUCAGACAUGUGGGCUUCAGUGGUGGUCUGGAACAGGUGGAGAUGUUUCUGCUCGGCUACUCCCUACAGCAUACGCUUCAGGCCUUUCGGCUCUACAAGACAGACACUGAAGAGUUCAUUACCUACUAUCCAGAUGACCACGAGACAGAGUGGCCUUGCCUCAGCCUGGUCACAGAAGACGAUCGACACUAUAAUGUGCCUGUGCCUAAACAGUCCAAACUAGAAUUGACAAAACAUGACAAGGCAGUGAGGCCCAAAUGGAACAAGCCUUCAUGUGGAACAGGAAAAACUACAUUUCUGUAGAGAAAAUCUGAACCAUCCAAUUGUUUUAAGGCUUCAUUGUUCCGGGUGAUUUUCGGCUACAGAUCUCCCCAUUUUUGUUAUAGAAUGCAGCAAAGGCUGAGGAUUUUUUUUCCUUCUAAUAAAUAAUAGAUGAGCUAAUCAACAUGUGAAUGUGGAUGCCACUGAAAUCAGAAGGUUAAUCACAAGGUGUUGCGAUACCAACUUAAUCACAAGGUGUUGCGAUACCAACAAUCAGUACUAGAUGGUGCAACGUGACUUAGUGCUAGUGUAUGUCAUCGUGAUAACGGCAGACGACACGGAACGACCGCAAAUCUGGAAGUAUUUCACGAUUAAUAAUAGCAGUCAAAUCAAAGUAGACUCCUAUCAGUGCUCGGUGGAAAUAUCAUGAUAAGAAACCUCCUCUUCCUACAAGUAACCUGUUCACAUAUUUUAAAGAUAAAACUCAGCACAAGAAGCACACAACAGCAAAUAUCGUAGACUAGCUGAAAAAAGUAUCCACAGUAUGUCGUUCUUGACAGUCAGCCGCUAUUGCUUAUUGGCAACGAGGCAUCCUGACGUAAUGAAGCCGAAAACGUUGUACAUUUUCCACACAGUCGUAUAUAGCACUUUUCCGAAGUGGAAAAAAAAAAACACCUGCUCUUCUCUAAAGCAAAGGUAACUAAUGUAGCAAUCUAAUGCACUUCAUUUAAAAGCAGUUAGCGAACACUGAUUAAAAAUGAGCCUAGUAGCCUGUAUGCAUGCUGGCAAAACCUUUUAGACAGAAAUCAAAACAGAUUAAUACUAGAAGCCAAUUCAUACCAGACUUCAUUCAACUGAGUUUGUUUUAUUAUUUUGUUUGUGUUUUUCACCAACUUUCAAACUGGAAUUACUCCUUUCUUGAUUAAAGAGUAAACAGAUCAUGUCCUUCAUGCAGGAGAGUAAAUUUACCUAUUCCUAACUGAUAACUGAAUGCUGGAAUUGCCUAAACAAACUCAAAUCAAAAUGCACUGUUUGUCCUGUCAGUAGCUCAUAUAAGAAGUACAAAGUUGGGGGGUAAAAAAAAGCACUGCACAAUGUUCAAAAUACCCACAGAGGUAAAAAGUGGAGGGUGCGUAUAUACAAGGUUUUACAGUAACCACCACACAAGUGGUAGCUUAUCACCUCUUAUCCACCCUGUACCUUUCUGUUUUUUUAUAUUUAUUCAAAUGCAAUAAAUCAAGCUACCAGCCUGUUUAUUAGACAUUGUUUGCACAGGUUUUAGCAAAGCUAUAAUGAAAUAACAUUGUUGCACAAAUCAGGGAUUAUUGUAUUAGAAAAUAUUUUUGGAAGAGAUUGGAUUAAAAUUAGAAAUGGAAAUUUGAAGUAUUCCGAUGUUUCCUCAUCAGGCCGAUGUCUGCCUUUGCUUGUAUAAUUUAUAAAAAUGAAAUGGGUACGCUGUCAUUCUCAGAAUGUCAUGUAUUUAUUUAUUUUUUUAUGCAUUUUUGAGUUUUAUUUUAAUAUAAUUAUAUAGUUUCCAUCUGUUUGAAUACAUCGUCUUAGUAAAUAUAUCAUUCUGCAAAAAAAUGGAGAUUUAUUUCCGAUGUAAUGUUUUUUUUUGUGCGUUUGUGAAAAUAGCAUGUUUCUCUCAGGCAAAGACAAUAAAAAGAGUGAACUGGUGAAUUCA